AUUAUCAAGAAAGACAAGUAAAAUGCAAAGAUAAACAAUACUUUCAAAUCUUAUUCAUAAAGGGUGUUUUGACCAGUUGAGUCAUAGGUUCUUUGCUAAUUUAUUAUGAGUGAGACAUGAGCAAUUGUGUUGUUUCACAACAUUGUAACACAGCCUAGUGCUAGUAGUGUUGGCACAGUCCUUCCGUGAUAGCCUUGGUGUGAGUGCGGAAUUCAGUGAAUUGUUUUUGUUUGUGUUGUUCAUAAUAAUUAUAACGCAAGAAUGUCACAGCGCACAGGAUUCCCGACGUCCAACACUCCCGCGGGGCUGACGUACCGCGGCCUGGUGGAGCGCAUGGCCAUCCCGGCGGAGCUGCACCGUCGAGCUGAUGGCAGGCAGUACGCCAGCUUUGGAGACGCGCGGCCCAUCCACUGCUGCACCCCCGAACAGGUGGAGAAACUGUCUCAGACGACGCACCACUACUGCGACAUCUUCACGGAACAACUCCUGGCGCCGCUGGGGGAGCUCGGCUACGUGCGCAUCGACGAAAAUACUGCUGAGAAGGUGUUCAUCAACCGCAGCAAGCGCCUGCUGGUGGUGUCCAGCGACGGCGUGCUGGCUCAGUGGCGGCUGGCCCCCACCUUCGAGUCCGCCAACCUGUACGUGGCCGGCACUCCCGUCGUCAACCAGGCGGGGGAGCUGGUCUCCCUCGUCACCGCUAAGAGGGGGAACCAUUAUGCUGUGUCUACUUUUGAGGGUGAAGGCGGAUACUUCGACACAUCAGAAGCGUGGCAAGUCCGGGACAUUCCUGAGGGUUGUGGCGUGUACGGUGACCGCACCUUCCCCAGCCGCGAUGAGCUGAGGGCCUACGUCAGCAGCCUCCCCCCCAUCGACGCCCCACCCGCUGGUCCCCCCACCCCUAUUCUCUGGCGGGGCGCCACCCCCCGCCUCGUGCUGCUCGCCAAGAACGGCCGUCAGAUCUCGCACCAGUACUUACACGGAGUCAGCGCCGACAAUAUCGAGUACUUGUGAGCUGGCUCUUGGGUAGAAGUAGUAAAUUCGCCACGACAGGAAUUGUGACGGAAUUGCUACCUACUGAUGUUGAUUUUGCUAGGAUUAAUUUUUUAAUACUUUAGUUAGUUAACAAGUCUGCAAGUGAUGUUUAGAUACACUGCAUUACUACAUAAUUUGUUAUUACAUAGACAACAUUUUCAAUUGUUGAGUAGUGAGUAAGUAAAUAACUACCAUUUCAUACAGUACAAAUUAUCGCAAGACACGCCUAGUAGCCAUUCAAAAUACCACAUCAAUAUCAAAACAAAAUCAACGAUGCACUACGAAGCUUCUGCCUUCUGCGUCACAGUUCACACACAUAAUUAUUAUUAGUUAACCGACCAGAAAAUAUGUGUUUCUAUAAGUUAAUUGUCCAAGUCAUUAGCAACGAGUGCAACAGUAGAGCAAUGAGAAGCAUGUGUUGCUCGGUACGUUUUUCUUUCGUUCCCAGCAGACGCGCCGCGAGUGUAGCGCACUGGCGGCCAGUCUGCCGGGGGCGACAGGAACACCUACUGGCUCAUACACGCUUCUCUAAGCGGGAAACUUCUUUACACAGUGCAUAAAUAAACAGUUGACUUUAGAAAAACUAAACAGUAAAAAAAUUGGUUGAAUGUUUUUUUUUUUUAUUUCUCAAAAACAAUUUUUAGGGGCACUUUCUACUACUGCCUUUAAUUUUGUUUGCUCCUACAAGUGUAUAUUUUAAGGCUAGCAACAUUACAAAAUACCAAAAAGUAUUUGUAUCAUCAUAAACAUUUGUUACAUAUUUCUUAGAAAAAUAAAUGAAAAACGGAAUA